UAACCGGAAGCGCGUAUCAGUGCGGCGACGACUGGUGACUUUGAGGAGGACAUGUGGAAAGUUGUGCAGUUUGCGGUGUGUCUUAUCGCUGUUCCAGGUGCGGCAGCGCAUUCCAAGGAGAAGAGGGUGCACGGCUUUGAAGGUGGAAGUGUGAGUUUUGACUGCGGAUAUGACAGGGCACAUGCCAACAACAACAAGUACUUUGCAAAGGAUUCCUCUGGCAUAUUUGAUAAGAAACUAACGAGAGUUCGGCACCCCACAUUCGAGGCCAACAAUGGGCGAUUCUCCAUGAUUGACAAAAUAAGAGAAUAUGUCGUCACUGUGACUAUUAAGGACCUGAAACUGGAGGACACUGGGGACUACAUCUGUGCAGUGGAUAUUCGUUUGGGCAUUGAUGAGAAAUUCAAAGUCCAUCUAACUGUCACAAAAGCUCCCUCAACUACCACGCAAGUGACCACACAAGUCUCCAGGAGGAGGAUGGAUGCCACCAAAGCCUCAAACCAGACAGGAAUCACAGGUCAUGCUGAAUUGAUUGAAGUAAAAGGAGUGAAAGGAGGAAGUGUGAAGAUCGACUGCAGAUAUGAAAAAGGGUUUGAAGAUUAUGAGAAAUACCUGGCUAAAGUUAGAUGGUCACGGAACAACGCCCUGAUCAGAACAACAAAACCCAACACUCUGGUGACGGAGGGCCGAUACUCUCUUUAUGACAACACCUUGGAGAGAGUUUUCACCGUAACCAUCAAGGAGCUGCAAAUGAGUGAUGAUGGGACAUACUGGUGUGCAGUGGAGAGGUACCUGGACGAUGACUACACUGAAGUCAGGCUCACUGUCCACCGAGGUUCAUCUUCAAAAACCACCACACCUCGGAGCAGCAGCAUCAUCACCAGCUUGUUUACAACGGCAGCGACCCCCACAGUGACAGUCAAAAUAGGAGGAAAUACAACCACAGCGAUCAGAAGCUCUCACACUCAAGUGUCCGAUCAGAAUGGUCCAGGACAUUCCAAGCACCAGAGUUCAACUCCCUCACCUCCACCUGGUCCAGUGGCAAUGUUUGUCGGAGUCGCUCUAGGAGUGAUGCUACUUGUCUUUCUGUUUCUUGCUACUCUCUACUUUGUAAGAAGGAGGAAGAUGAAAUCCUCAGAAGCAAAAGAUACCCAGAAUGCCCAUGAUGGAAAUUUCAUUGAGGUUAAAAACACAGUUUAUGCAGAGUGUGGCAUGCAGGUGGCAGAACCCCCAGUGGAAACACUCUACUGCUCUGUGACAUUUACUAAUGGUGAUCAAGAAGAUCCUUCAUCUCUUUACUGCAAUGUUUCAAAGAAGAGUCAAACGAGGGAUGUGGGAAGAGAAGGAAGCGUCAUGUACUCCGAGGUCAAAGCCAAAUAGACCGUGAGGUCCAGCCCCAAAAGGGAGUUCGCUUGGGAUGGCACAGCUGCUGCGUGGGAUGCUAAAGGAGUCUCGCCACCCAGAUGGGCUCAUCCAAUGGAAAACUGGGAAGAUUCUCUACAGCACACGUGAUGCACUUUGGCUUGCUGUUUGUUGUGACAGCUGCUAUAAAGACAGUGGCAGUGUUUGUGCGUUAAUGGAGCCUGCCAAAAUGCAGAAAGUUAAAAUAUAAUAUUUUUUUAGCUUAGAAAUAUUUAUGAACAUGCUGAUGUUUACAUUGAUUUUAUGUAAGUAUACCUUAUGAACCUUGACCUCAGUUUAAGGAGGUCAGAAGUGGAUGGGUGGGUAGAUAUUUAAGCAUAAGUUACUAGUUGUAUAAGAAAUAUUGAGAAUGCACCAUUUGUUCCAUGACCCACAUUUUAGUGGUAUUUUGAGACUGGAAACAGCAAAGAAGCGAUGGCAUUGACUGUUCCGCAUGUAUUUUUUUUUAUGCUUAUUCUUUGAAAAGCAAUAAAACUUAAAAGAUCCUGACUUCA